UACACCAAGCUAAGAGAAAAACACUUCACUCCACGACGACGAAUCCCAAAGGUCGCAGAAGAAGAAAACUCCAGAGAAAAUGGCGAAAUUCGGUUUGUUAUUUACCACCCUCCUAGCAAUCGCCAUUGCAAUAAAAGCCGAGAGUGAUCCGCAUGAUUUCUUCUCACAAAGGCUAGGUCAGAGCAUGUUACGCACCAUGCUGGAUAACGGUAUGGCCACGGAUAAUUCCGCAGUCCCUGCGGACGAGCUUAAUCCGAAUUUUUGGCGCAAAUCGGCGAAUGAUGAAAUACAAAAACGUCUGGCCGAUAAAUUAAACACCAACAAAGCAAAGAAUGUCAUCUUCUUCCUAGGCGAUGGUAUGUCGUUGAGCACAAUUACAGCGGCGCGUAUACUCAAAGGCCAGCGUCAGGGAAAUCCAGGCGAGGAGUCCCAACUGAGCUUCGAGAAGUUUCCAUAUACCGGUUUGAGCAGGACGUACUGCACGAACGCCCAAGUAGCGGAUUCUGCCUGCACUUCCACUGCUUACCUCACAGGGGUUAAAACUAACAUUCUCUCUCUGGGCGUUGGUCCCAAUGUUAACUAUAAUGACUGCGAGGCAUCCAUGGACCCCGCCAAUGAUCUUACCUCACUUUACGAUUGGGCUCAGGCUGCUGGCAAAUCCACUGGUUUCAUCACCACAACCACACUUACUCACGCAAGUCCGACUGGCGGUUAUGCGCACGUCUCGAACCGUAUGUGGGAGUGUGAUACGGAUGUACGCACAUAUCUACAAGAUAGUUACACAUCAGAUUGCAAAGACAUUGCCACACAGUUGAUCACCGAAGAGCCUGGACGCAAAUUGGAUUUCAUUAUGGGCGGUGGAGCGGGAAAGUUCUUGCCAAAAACAAUGAUUGAUCCAUUCGGAAACCCCGGUGAGCGAUCAGAUGGUAAGAAUUUACUCUCAGAGUGGCAACGCAGACAUCCCGGCGGCCUCUUCGUUAGCAGCCGCAAACAAAUGGAGGCAAUCAACCUGGAACAGACCACCAGCGUUAUGGGUAUUUUCCAAUCGAAACUAAUGAAUUUCCAUCAACAUGCCACCGAGAGUGAGCCCACUUUAUCUGAAAUGACCGAAACUGGCAUUAAGUUUUUGAGCAAGGACGAUGAUGGGUUCUUCAUUUUCAUUGAGGGUGGUCUUAUUGAUUAUGGUAAUCACUACAAUAAACCCGGGCUCAGUUUGGACGAAACAUUGGAAUUUGAGAGGGCCAUAGAAUUGGCACGCAACCUCACCGAUCCGGAAGACACACUCAUCGUCGUCACCGCUGAUCAUGCGCAUCCACUCAGCAUCUCCGGUUAUCCCGAGCGUGGCAAUAAUAUUCUGGAUGUCAAUGAAAUCGGCUUUGAUACAAACGGUGUACAUUAUGCUACACUCAACUAUGCCGCUGGUCCUGAACAAUACCUGGAUGAGAGUGGCAACCGCAUUGAGUUGAAGGGUCAAUUUGGUAGUCCAGAUUUCAUAUUCCCCAGCUAUAUUUCCUCAGAUUCGGGUGUACAUUCGGGCGAUGAUGUCGGCGUAUUUGCCUCCGGUCCCUGGGAGCAUCUCUUCCGUGGUGUACUACAACAAAAUACUCUGCCACACCUGAUGGCUUAUGCCGCUUGUAUUGGUGAUGGCGCCAAGUCCUGCGACUAAGUGCUCAGCUUUCUGAAUGUGCUGAAUGGUAUGUCCGUCCGUAACAUACUUCAAAUUAGCAUGCAUUUCAUACAUAUAUACGCAACCACCGUCCAUUUAUCACAGCCGUCCAACGAGCAACACGUCUAAUCAUAUACAUAAGUCUUUAUGGAUACUUACGUAUAUAAAAAUAUCUUAAGUACUCGCGUGCAGAGUGUUAUUUAUGAAUAGCGAUAACACUUCUUUAUAUAUGUGCAUAUG